UCCAGCUCCGUUCGAUCUACGUGGCGGCUUCACUGGUUAGGCCUCGUGGUCACAUUCGGAGAGCUGGUGCCGCUGACGUUGUCACACGAAGAUCCGGCGCGGUCACGAAUCAACUGAGCGUCUGCUUUUUGCCACCUUCUUCAUCCCAUUCGGCGAGACCGGCGUGCUUUGCGCGCCUUCCCCGCGGGUGUACCGCUCGUGACGUCACACGAAGAGGUUCGCACGACUGCUCGGCCAUCCACUUUGUACCCAGCCGCUCUUGUGGUCAGGUGAUGACCGGCCGGGCUCUAGCAGACAAGGCGACCAAGACUGGGAAGGGGUCUCGAUCCCGGCGGGCUGGCCUUCUUUUCUCGGUGGGUCGUAUCCACGGCCUCAUGAGACAUGGCCACUACGCAGAUCACAUCGGGGCCGGCGCCCCGGUCUACAUGGCGGCCGUUCUGCAAUAUUUAACGGCUGAGAUGCUCGAGCCGGCGGGGAUUGCGGCUCACCGCAAUAACAAGACGCGCAUCACUCCGCGUCAUUUGCAGGUGGCUGUGCGUGACGACGAGGAGCUGAGCAAGUUGUUGCGGAACGUCACCAUAGCCGAGGGUGGUGUGUCGCCCAACAUUCAGCAGGAACUGCUCAAGACGCAGAAGAAGGGCCACGAAGGUUUUGAUGCGUGCGGUGGAAGCCAGCCUUAGAGAAAAGUCUUGUCGGGCGUGCCGUCGAACCGUGCCGGCGGACAAAAUAAA